AUGCUAGGCAACGACAAACGACGUUGGCGAAAAAAACGUUUAGACUCGUUAUACAACACAUCGCCGUUUGUCUAUCUGAAUAAAUCUUACACGUCCAACACGGGUUACACAUCGACCAGGCCCAGUAAUCUGACGUACUUCGAAAAAGACAACAAGCAGCAGCCGGACACUGCGGCGCCAGACCACAACAAAUAUGCGGUAAAUAUGAACGUCAGGAGGUACGCAGCGGAAAACAAUACGGAGUCGUCAUCGUCGUCCGCAUACGCCAACAACAAGGGGGUGACCGGCAUACGGAACAUCGGCAACACGUGCUACAUGAACUCGGUGCUGCAGUGCCUGAGCAACACCAAGGGCCUGACGGACCACGUGCUGGACGACACAAUGGCCGACGGUAUGUUGAUACGGCCGUACCGCGACCUGUUGGCCAAGCUGUGGACGGGCACCGGCAGCCCGGUGGACACGACCGCGUUCAAGGCUGCGUUCCAGCGGUUGUCGCCCCGGUUCGCCGGCUACGAGCAGCAAGACUCGCAAGAGUUCUUGCGGCUGCUGCUGGACAAGUUGCACGUGGACAUCAACCGGGUGAAAGUCAAGCCCAAGUGUCCGGCGGACGUGGACGACACGCUCAAGGAUAACGCGCUGGCCACCGAAUACUGGCAAAGAUACUUGGCUUUGGACAACAGCGCCGUCGUGGACCUUUUCGCCGGUCAGCUGAAAUCGACGUUGGAGUGUUCGGUGUGCGGACACAAGAGCAUCACUUUUGAGGUGUUCUGGGACUUGUCGUUGUCAUUGCCGUCCGGCGCGGUCGAUCCGGUGUCGCUCGAGGAUCUGUUGACAAACUUCACGCAAGAAGAAGUGCUGGACUUCCGCGAGAAGCCGCGGUGCAGCGUGUGCAAGGUAGACCGAAAGAUGUACAAGGUGUACAGCUUCCAUAAGUUGCCCAGAUAUCUGGUGUUACACCUGAAGCGUUUUCAGGGCACGCGCUCGUACAGGAAGAUCACGUGUCUGGUGUCGUUCCCGGUGGUGUCGCUGGAAAUGGGCCGGUACGUGUCCGACUCGGCCCGCGGCAUUCAGACGCACACCCGGUACAACCUGUACGCGGUGUCCAACCACUCGGGCACUCCCAUCGCCGGACAUUACACAGCGUUCUGCAAACACCCGGUCACCGGGGACUGGCAUUUUUUUAACGACAGUUCAGUGUCCAAAAUUACUUCGACCAGCAAACUGAUCAGCAAUGAGGCGUAUAUACUGUUCUACGAAGCCACCUCACGUUGA